AUGGCAUUCUCCCGCUUUACUCCCCUUGCCGCCGUCCUGGCAUUUGGCCUGGCACAAUGUGCACCCGUACCCGAACCGCUCCUCUCCGAGCUGGCCAACACAUCCUACGGUCCAAUUCCAGGCCAGUCGUCGUUGUACAGCACAUACAGUGGCACAGCAGCUCCGUUCCCGGGUAAUAUCACGGGUGCCAUCGUCAACACCACUUCCGGCCCUGCUGGCGAAGACGACCUCCUUUUCCAGAAUCUGCUGUCUGCCGAGUGGGUCAUCUUCUCCUUCUACCAACAAGGGGUUGAGCGCUUCAACAGUAGCGCUUUCGUCGAGGCCGGCUUCCCCAACACCACCUACGAGCGUAUCCAGCAGAUCCGCGACAACGAAGCCGGUCACCUGCGCAUCUUCCAGGACCAAAUUUCGACCAACUCGGUCAAGCCGGGACCAUGUCAAUACGAAUACCCCUAUGAUGACCCCGCCAGCUACAUCGCGCUUCAGACAGUCAUUGAGAUCUCCAGCAUGGCCUUCCUCACGGGACUCGAGUUGCAAGCCAAGCUCACUUUAUCCAAGGCGGCCCUCGUCGCAAUUGCCGCAACCGAAUCCCGUCACAAUACGUGGUCGCUCAUUGACAAUUGGAGAUCCACCCCCUUCGCCGGUCCCGCAGAUACGGUGUAUCCCUACGCGAACCAGAUCCUGGACUUCACCAACGAAUGGAUCGUCAACGGUUCCUGUCCCGCAGAAAACCCGGUAUACCCAACACCCCGCCAGAACCUCCCGCAGAUGACACCCGGGUCUGGCUCAACGGGGGUCACACCUGGUUCAACCCUCGUGUUCAAUUUCACCCAGCCGGACAACCAACCCCACUUCACACCGGGCAAGGACUACUAUGCCGUCUUCUUCCACGGUGUCUACAAUAUCUCUGUCCCCUUCAACACCACGACCAACAGCGCCGUGAUCCCUCCACAGAUCGAACCGCUGGGGAUCAUCGUUGCGGUCAUUGCUGACGAGGAAGGUGCUCCCACCAAAGAGAAUGUCCUUGCUGGAACGAUGAUCUUGCCUGAGAGUCCCGUCGCACUCGCCGACUCGGGUUACUGA